GCUGCACUGCCAAGACUGAGGAAAGCACAGCUGUAGUAUGUGGGCAAGGCAAAUGCUGUUUUUCGUUAUUUUACUUCCACCCCUUUAUGUUGCUUCUGAGUCCAACAUCCUUUUGUAAGACCAUUUAUAGGUGUGGAAAGAGCCCUGGCUGAGAGUUCAUAAGCUGGUCUCCAUGUCACGGUUUGCUUUGCUUGCUGUGCUCUUUCUUCACUUGUAAGAGAGCUAGAAAAAUGUUCUCUGAAUAUUCAGGUGCUGGAGAGGGGCUUUUAAGGUAAAGUCACAAAACUAAUGUUGAAAGGUCGUAUCUUCAGUUGGGUUGGUUUCCAGAGCCCGCUAGUGGAAGAGCUCCUAAGCUUUGAGUUUCCGGGUAGAAAGGCGUCUUCCAUCCUUUGUAGCGCUGGCUGCCCGCCUCUUACGUAGGUCCAAUCCUAGGCCCCGCCUCCAAACGCCCCCUGGUUGUCAAGGAAACGAGGACGCCCGAGUGGGCCGGUUCUCCUUCCUUGGGGCCCCAGGUGGGGCACGCGACGACGCAUGCGCAUGAUAGGCGGGAAGGCACCGCGGUGGCUGUCGGGACUGAGCGCCUAGCCGCCCGAUCAGGAAGUGGCGGGCGGAGCCCAGGGCCGAGUCGCCGCCGCCGCCGCCGCCGCCGCCAGAGGCGAGACCCCGACCUGGUGGGUCAGCGCCGGGCGUGCGUGCGGGCAGGCGGGGGCGCUGAAGAGGAGCAGGAAGGGGCGGCCGUGCCGGCUUGGGCGGCUGGCGGAGGCGGAGGCGCAGGGAGGCUGUAGCGGCGGGUCGCGUGGGGCUGUCUUCCUCGCUCAGCAUUAUGGAUCCAAGCCUAUUGAGAGAAAGGGAGCUGUUCAAAAAACGAGCUCUUUCCACUCCUGUAGUAGAAAAGCGUUCAGUGUCUUCUGAGUCAUCAUCAUCAUCAUCGAAGAAGAAGAAAGCAAAGGUAGAACAUGGAGGAUCAUCAGGCUCUAAACAAAAUUCUGAUCAUAGCAAUGGAUCAUUUAACUUGAAAGCUCUCUCAGGAAGCUCUGGAUAUAAGUUUGGUGUUCUUGCCAAGAUUGUGAAUUACAUGAAAACACGGCAUCAGCGAGGAGAUACACAUCCUCUAACUUUAGAAGAAAUUUUGGAUGAAACACAGCAUUUAGAUAUUGGACUCAAGCAGAAACAAUGGCUAAUGACUGAGGCAUUAGUCAACAAUCCCAAAAUUAAAGUAGUAGAUGGGAAGUAUGCCUUCAAGCCCAAGUACAACUUGAAAGAUAAGAAGGCCCUACUUAGGCUCUUAGAUCAGCAUGACCAGCGAGGAUUAGGAGGAAUUCUUUUAGAAGACAUUGAAGAAGGACUGCCCAAUUCCCAGAAAGCUGUCAAGGCUUUAGGGGACCAGAUACUGUUCGUAAAUCGUCCUGAUAAGAAGAAAAUACUUUUUUUCAACGAUAAGAGCUGUCAAUUUUCUGUAGAUGAAGAAUUCCAGAAACUCUGGAGGAGUGUCACUGUGGAUUCAAUGGAUGAGGAGAAAAUUGAAGAAUAUUUGAAGCGACAGGGUAUUUCUUCUAUGCAGGAAUCUGGACCAAAGAAAGUGGCUCCUAUUCAGAGAAGGAAAAAACCUGCUUCACAGAAAAAACGACGUUUUAAGACUCACAACGAACACUUGGCUGGAGUGCUGAAGGAUUACUCUGACAUUACUCCUGGCAAAUAGGGAACACUUUUGUCUUGAACAAAGAGUUACAAACACACAAUCAAGAUUUUGUUGUUGUUGUUGAUGCUCGGGAUCUGAAGACUGGCUGUCUUCCCAUUCUGCUUCUUAGGACUGAGGCAAGGAGCAGUUCAGUUUACAGAACAAGUGCAAAUUACCAAACUCACAGCUUAUUUUAAUCAAAUAGGCUAAUGAGAAAUGUGAUAUUCCCUCUAGACCUUCUGUUCCUUCUUGGGAGAAAGGCACUUAGCACGAUAUGCAGGUGUCUUUGCUAUUUGUCUCUACUUCUAGAUGGUUCCUGGUUCCAUUUUUUUCUCUUUUAUUACCUUAGAGCAAGUUGGCAGAUAGUCUUGAAUGCAAUAUUUGUUUAUUCCAAAAGAACAUAUUUAUAAUAAAAUCAUUGUAGAAGGAUUUUGAAGAA